AAGUAUUACUGUGUUAUCUCUUUUUCUAUUUGCCGCAUUUUGAUAAAUUAAUUAUAAAAUGCAACAUGCUUUUUUUUUUUUUCCGCGUAUGUGCCAAUGCAACAUGCUUUUAUUAAAAAAAAAACGAAUAGAUCCAAAAUGUUUUUUUUUCCUUUCUAUUUGUCUUCUCAUAAAAAAGUAGCCUCUUUUUUACCAUCUCAGCCGCUCCACGCGAUGUUUUCAGAGUCUCCAGCGCAAAAAACAACACGCAUGUCACUAUCUCUCUCUUCAUUUGACUCUGUUCCAAUCCCUCACUAACUCGCUAUAUAAAUAUGAGAGCCUCCCCAUGAAUUUCAUGCAUCAUUCAACCCCCAUAACCUACAUGCAAACCAUCGUCUUAAAACCCUAGUUCUCCAUAAAAAAAAUAUCCUUGAACACAAAUAAAUGGAAAACGAAGUAAACGCAGGAACAGCAAGCAGUUCAAGAUGGAACCCAACGAAAGAUCAGAUCACGCUACUGGAAAAUCUUUACAAGGAAGGAAUACGAACUCCGAGCGCCGAUCAGAUUCAGCAGAUCACCGGUAGGCUUCGUGCGUACGGCCAUAUCGAAGGUAAAAACGUCUUUUACUGGUUCCAGAACCAUAAGGCUAGGCAACGCCAAAAGCAGAAACAGGAGCGCAUGGCUUACUUCAAUCGCCUCCUCCACAAAACCUCCCGUUUCUUCUACCCCCCUCCUUGCUCAAACGUGGGUUGUGUCAGUCCGUACUAUUUACAGCAAGCAAGUGAUCAUCAUAUGAAUCAACAUGGAAGUGUAUACACAAACGAUCUUCUUCACAGAAACAAUGUGAUGAUUCCAAGUGGUGGCUACGAGAAACGGACAGUCACACAACAUCAGAAACAACUUUCAGACAUAAGAACAACAGCAGCCACAAGAAUGCCAAUUUCUCCGAGUUCACUCAGAUUUGACAGAUUUGCCCUCCGUGAUAACUGUUAUGCCGGUGAGGACAUUAACGUCAAUUCCAGUGGACGGAAAACACUCCCUCUUUUUCCUCUUCAGCCUUUGAAUGCAAGUAAUGCUGAUGGUAUGGGAAGUUCCAGUUUUGCCCUUGGUAGUGAUUCUCCGGUGGAUUGUUCUAGCGAUGGAGCCGGCCGAGAGCAGCCGUUUAUUGAUUUCUUUUCUGGUGGUUCUACUUCUACUCGUUUCGAUAGUAAUGGUAAUGGGUUGUAACGAAGGUUUAAUGAAAUUAUAAAUUUUAUGUAAUCAUUAGUUGUUUUAAAAAGUAUUUCAAACUGUGGAG